CAGAAAGAUGCGCGCGCAGCUGCCGUCAAGGUCACGCACGUUCUGUCAGCGAACAUCACGGAGCUUCAGUCGGUGUUUCCCAAUCUCGUCGCGCGGUUGGUUAGCGUGUGUGUGCGUACAAGUGACAAUCGUCCCUCGGUCACGAUGAACGGCAGUCCUGUGUUCGUGAGGAAGAAAGCCAGCGAGAAGUUCCUGAAGAUGAACGGCAUCAAGUCGAAGGUGUUCCGGCCGGACAGCCCGGUGGGCGUGUCGCUGCCCCCCGACCUCGCCCCCCUCGACAACCAGGUGGCCGGCCACUCCUUCGGGGCCCCCAACUCUGACGUAGGCCUGCUGAAGCACAGCGACGGCUACGUCCUCAAGCCGAUCCAGAAGCCGGACCACGGGGAGCGCGAGAUCAGGUUCUACGAGGAACUGCAGGGCUCGGACGACCCAGUCUGCGCGGAGCUGAGGAAGUUCACGCCGCGGUACCUGGGCUCCACCACCGUCAACAUCAACGACAAAGGUAUGAAAUGCCUCAUGCUGGAAGACGUGACAAGUGGGUUUGUGGAGCCGUGCAUCAUGGACAUAAAGAUUGGUCGCCAAACCUGGGACCCUGAGGCGUCCAUGGAGAAGAUUGAAAAUGAGAGGGCGAAGUACGUAGAAUGCAGGAAGCAUUUUGCGUUCUGCAUACCAGGCUUCCAAGUGUACCGAACGACGACAGGGAAAGUCCUGCGACUGGGCAAGGACUACGGGAAGAAGCUAGACAAGGACACUGUGAAAGAAGCUCUGAAGCUGUUCCUGAACGCGGACUGCGGGGGCCUGAGCAGGCUGCUCGUCCUUCAGUUCCUGGCCAAGCUGUGGAACGUGCUUCGCUGGUGCCGCACCCAGCACAAGUACCGCAUCUACUCCAGCUCGCUUCUGCUCGCGUACGAUGCCCGCCGGCUGAGACAGGCGCUGCGCAAGGACCGCGGCACGCCGGACCGGCCCAUGAGCCCUAGCCUCGGCCGCGCACACUCCCUCAAGCUGAACCUCGGGGCGGGGGCUUACAGCGGCAAGCUCUCCGCCUACAGCUCCCCGACCACGCCCGUGCCGCCCCUCGAGUCGGACCGCCCGGCGAAGAACGGGCUCUUGCGCUCCUUGAGCUUCGCUUCGUCCGCGUCGUCCGGGUCGCUGUCCCGCCCGACCACCCCCACGCUGGAGCGCCCUGCAAGCGGCAGCCGGCUGUCCCGGCCGGCGUCGGCCCACAAGCUGGAGCGUCAGCUGAGCUGGCUCUCCCAGCCGGCGUCGCCCGCCCCCGGGCUGGAGCGCCAGCUCAGCUCCGGCAGCUGGCACGCGGACUUCGAGGCCGCGUGCCGCACGCACUCGCUCGUCAACAACUACGACCGCGACCUGCGCUCCAUGAAGGAGAACUACCGCUUCGAGCUGGACGACCUGAUGGGCGGGCGGCGACCGGGCGGAGACGAGGCGUGGGUGACGGUGCGGAUGAUCGAUUUUGCCCACGCCUUUCCCACGACUGCGGACGAGGUGGAUUCAAACUACCUCGAGGGCAUUGAGAAUCUGGUGAAGAUGUUUGAGAGCCUCUUUGAAGAAGUAUGCUCGUGAGAGACAUGUUCGUGCACGGUCACAACCUUGAGAGAUGCAUUGGAUACUAUUGCUUUGCUAUUUAAUUUUAAAGUUUUAGAUCUGUUGAAACAUUUUAUUUUAUAAUUAGUGCUAAUGCAGUUUUAAAACAAUACGUCCAAACCUCUUUAAUGGAUUAUACAUAGUAACAAAUAUAUAUUUUGUAGAAUAUUUAUACAAUUUGGAUAUGUACGUUUUUAGUGUUAAGCCACAUUACCAAGUGGAGGAAUGUUAAAUAUUUUUCUGUGAAUUUCAUAUAUGGUUAAAUGAGAGUUUGUUUCUCUUAGUUUCAUUACAAAACCAUCCAUGACACUUCUAUGAUGUAUGUACUUAUUUAAAUGAAGAAUGUAACUUGUGUAAUAAAUGUUAGUAAUUUUAUUCUUCAAAGUUUUGUUUGGCAGAACUAAUCUUAACAUGUUAGUUGAGGCAUUCAUUAACAAAAUCAUUAAUCAUUCUGAAACACACAUUUGUAUAUAUUUAUUGCUGAUGUGCAGUCCUUGGGAAUAAAUGUAAAAUCUGGUGUCACAUUUUAGAAUUAGUUAAAUUUAAAUACAUGAUUUCACUAUUUGCUCAAGUGUUUCUCAGUGUGUUGACAGAGAAGGGUAAAAAGUCAGGGCCGUAAAAGUUGGGCAAUUUAAGCUUUAUUGCCCUUAAGUCAAGGAAAAACUGCAACAAAAUAUUACCAAAAGAAGCAGAGAAGUAAACUAACUUUCACUAGUACUUCUGGUCAUGAGGUAUACCUUGCCACACCUUCCUUGCAGCAGAAAUAAAAGUCAUCAAUGGCAUACCUUCGGCCUCCAAGGAGGCCUUAAGUGAGGCUCUCAUGUUGUCACAUGAGAAUGGAAACCACGGUCAGCUAAUUCUUCCCUUAUUGUGAUGGCAAGUUGGCUCAUGAGGUGGCAAAUUACCCGCUCAUGAUUGACUGUGCAGUGCAGCGUACCUUGUCGUUGGGAACGGAGAGCUCAGGUGCAGUUCCUGCCUUCCUUCAUGUGGAGGACUGUGGCAACCAAGAGUGACUCGGACGACCGCAAGAAGAAGCUGGAGCCCCAACCCUACAAGUGUUCCUCAACUGUCUGGGGCACCACCCGGCCAGUGCUAGAGUAUGCCCCUGGUACAUCCACUAUGUGGAACAUCAGCUGCAAAUCACAGAACAGAAGAAAACCACCACCGACAGUGACACUGUAGAAACUAGUGAUAUCUCGACCAUGAGCCCUCUCAUUUGCUGCCAGGUAUUUGAACCCAUAUAUCCCACCAUCGUACAUCCUGCACUGUCUCCCUUAGGCCCUUUACCUUUUCACAGAAACACCCAAAGUCUGGAUGAUCACAGUUCCAGAAUCAACUGUCCCAUAGUGUUUUUGACAUGAAAUCCUCUCGCUACUUAGAGUAACCAUCCAAAAAAUUCACUUUUAUCCCAUGGCAUGCAGCAGAGAGUUCUGGUGGAGCUGUUUUAUCACAACUGAAGAGGUCAGUUUGUCGGGACUUUUGGUCCCUGCCGAACGAUGUUGGUUUUCAACCCUGUCGGAGGUUAUAUGCAGGUGAGUUAUCAUCGCUAACACCUCUCAUUCCGAGCAAUUCUCUUCCGAAUCGACGCCCUGUUACGCCUAUGACUUACAAUAAAACCACAGUUACACGUGAAAAUGGGUUCACAAGGUUUUAACGUAGGAACACAAGUAAUGUUCAUCAUGAUGUUAUUCCCAGCACGGUAUCUUACUUUUUGUAGCUUAACAGAAUUCUUUAAGCUAUAGCCUGCUUAAAAUACAGAUUUUUAAUUGCCAUCCACUCUAAAACAUGGCAGAAAGAGGGUUGGACAAAGAGGAGCUUUUAUUAGAAUGAUCUGAAAAAGCAACAACCUAUUUUUUUAUGCUAAUACAGGGUGUCAACAAAACCAGCUCUACAAAAUUCCCUGACAUGUCCCUGUUUUCAAGACCAAAAUUUGUGAUUCUCCCUGACCUUUAUUGUAAAUUGGAAAAUGAUCUUUUAAAUUUUGUUUCCCUAGUUUUGGUGUGGGAGGAGUGUGUGGUUGUGUGUGUGAUUGCAUAAUAGUACCAAUACGGAAACAAAAAAAAUUAUAUUUUUAACUGAACAGUACUUUCGGUGAAUUGUAACAUGUUUGCAAAAAAUGAAAAACCUGAAUUAAAGGCAAAGUAAACAAUAGUGUACUUACCAUGCAAUACAAAAUAAUGUUUUAACUUUCACAAUAAGUUUAAACAUUUCAAGCAAUAAAAUAUUAUGCAUAUAGACAAACAAUACUAACUUAAAUGUAAUCCCAACAUCUGUACUAAUCCACACAUAAACAUAUGACCACACUGAAAUAACACAGCCAUACACAGAAAAAUUACUGAUUCCUCAGUAUGUUUAUUUCAGCUUCUAAACGACUUUGCUUCCUUUGCAGCAUCUUCCAAGUUUGCUUUUUUUUCACCAAGUCUUUCACAGCAAUUUCAGCAUACCUUAAUUUUUCUUUGGAACAAGCAUGCAUACUGUAGGGCCGCGACGUCUUGGCGCGUCGUUUUGUGGGGAAGCGGGGAAGAGUAAAUGUGAGGGAAAGCAGCUGCGCUCGCACAUCAGCCGCUAUGCGGUUCAUAGCAAAAACAUCAGGCGCCACGCUCUCAGUCUGAAGUGAACAAUGGAGCCCGACGAAGGACAUUCAAGAUACAAUAAAGUAAUACAUAGUGGGGAGAGGGGAAUUAUAAGUAGUGUAAUCCAGUGUUGUGAUGAAGCUGCCACCAAAUGUCUGCUAGUACCUCUUGCAAAAGUAACCGAAAGAGCUGCGCGAUACACAGGUAUAAGCCAAAGAUCAGUUUCGCUCAUCCGAAAACACAACAGAGAGACGCCAAAUAAAAAAAAACACAAGGAAAAAAAAAGGUAAUUAUAACUUUAAAUAAUAAUACUUAAAUUAUAAGUUUUUAACGCAUUCCCCGUAAU